GUCACUGUCAAUUGUCGGCUGUCAAAAGUAAAAGCAGAAAAUAAAAUACCUACCUGUUUCUAUUUGUAUUGAUUUUUCUUUAAAAAAAUAUUUGAUAAUAUAUAGAGUUCUAUUCGUUAAUUGUGUUAAUAUUAAUUAUGUUAUAAUGUUAUGAUAUAUCAUACCUAUUAUUCUUGAUCGACCUCUCUAAUAUUACUCGUACCUUGUUUAUCCAGGAGUAUCCAGGAGUAGUACACAUAUCAUAGCUAAGCAGGAGCAUACACCAGUAUGGAAGCUGAUUCUACCACAUAUGAAAAUACGAAAUUAUUGAAUGAGGAUUGUUUUCCUUUUGCUGUUAGUCCAGAGAAUCUCGAAUUAUAUAGAGAAUUCAUUGAAAACAAUGGUGAAAAACGUUUAGAACAUCAAUUGGUUGAAAGGCUACAAGCAUUCGGCUUGUUACCUAACAGUGUGCAGUGUCUCUCGGACAGUCCAGAAUGCAAGGUGGUAAAGAAAGCUGCAAGAGUUAUUGAUAAGGUCCAGUGGUAUUGUGAGGGUUGCAAGAAAAGGCAGCCGAUCCGGACCAGGUCCUUCUUCAUGCGGCUGCAGUGCUCAUUGCUGCAGUCGCUGCAAAUGAUCCUGGCGUGGUGUGAAGAUGCUGACUGCACAGCUGCCGCUGAACACUUCAAUGUAAAACCGAGAGUAGGCACAUUGAUCUACGACAGACUAGACGAGUUGUCAGCCAAAGAGCAGAGCAAUUACCGGCUGGGGGGCGCGGGCAGCGUGGUGCUGGCGGAGCUGUACCCCGCCUGUCUCACGCGGCUGUCGCCCGACACCACCGACACCACCGACACCACCGACACCACCGACCUGCCGCACGUGCACACGGUGCUCAUGCUGGCCGACACCAAUCACAUUCCUACGCAUUACCAACUACACGUCAUACGAGAUGAUUUGAAGAAGAAAAACGCUCCAGUCGACAGCGCCGACGAUGAGGCCCUAAAAGCCGAGCUAGAAGAGGUAAUAUCCCGUGUGAUAGCACCAUCAAGCACUCUGGUGGUAAGCAAUAACUUGCCAAUAGAGGGCGCCCACUCUAUGCAGCAGUUGUUUCAGUACACAGACAACCAUAUGCAGCAAUUCUUGAGCACCCGCAUCUGGCGGCAAGCGGUGUCGCUGUGCGCAGCGUCCCGUGAGCUGUGCGCGGGCGCGCGCGCGUGCGCGCGGUCGGUGCAGCGCUAUCUGUGCGCGGCGCUGUACCGGCUGCGCGCGCGCGCGCUCUACCGCCGCGUGCUCAUCCUGAUCGCACUCUGCUGCACUGACGCUGACACUGACACUGACACUGACAAUGAUGAUGUGCCGUAGGGAUACUCAUGUUUGGAUAGAACAUUUACGGUCGACACACUGAUUACUGUCACUAAUUAGUGAAAGUGAUCAAUAUUGUAGUUAUACAGUAUUGUCGUUAUACAGUUAUAUAAUAUUGUAGUAUGGAGAAGGGCAUGUGGUACUUUUCAUCCAGGAAAAAUAAUUGUUCCCGUGGAAAAAUCACGCAGACGUAGCCGCGGGUGACAGCUAGUAAAUAAUAAUACAAAUCUUUAUUUGCCAACAAUAUGCAAAAGAACAUAUACUUAUUACAUAAAAACAUUCAUUAUGUAGUUCUAAAACUACGCAUCUCGUAUCGUAGAAGUUCUACUAAUAGUUCUACUGAAAACGCAGUAUGCAUACAUACAUAAUUCUACUGUAGAACAAUAUCUAUGUGCGUACGUAAUGCUCUCGAGUCCGGAUUCUAGACGAGGUUACAAUUUCAUAAUAAAACGUACGUUUGUAUUUUAUAGUUUGUAAUCGUGAGUAGAAUCGGUUACACCUGAUUUCAAUAGGUCCCCAAUUAACACUCAAAUCUAGCGCCUUGAUUAUAUUACAAAUUAAUUAUUAAUCUGUUGUCCUAGGAGAAACAAGCCAGUUGUGAUGUUUUGUUGAGAAAUAUUUCUACUGUUUCUUUAACUCGUGUUUUAAUUUUAAGUUUUAAUUUAUAGUCAUUUAAAUUCAAUGUCGUUAAUUAUUUAAUAAUAAGAAAAGACAACAUUAGAAAAAGUAAGUAUUUUAUAUUCAUAAAAUACUAAAUGUCAAUACAUAUUUACACUUUGUCAAGAACAUACCAUAUAGAAUAGACAAGAUUGGUUAAAAAUAUACGAAAGCCUUAUUCAUUUAUUUUCUUUACUUUUUUGACUAAUAAAGAUUAUUAAGAAAUUCCAAAGGCUCUUAAGAUUGUGUGAGUAAUUUAGCACUCACUCGCUUUAUGUAAAUGCACCUAUGUAUUUCGUUACUGUGAAAGGAAGUCUCUUAAAAAAUUUUAAUUUGAAAAUAAUAUUUCAAAAAUGCGUUUUAAGUUCACUUCAGCCUGUUACAUUUUACAAUACAGCUUUUUUUGUUUGUUAGUUUUUAGUUAUUUCGAGUACAUUAUGGUAUUACUAGAUUAAGUCAUAGAGACACUUUUAUUUCUAUUUAUUAAAUCAAGUGCCUAUUUACACUUGUCUUCCGAAGUGCCUUACAGUUAAUAGAUUACAAUUUAAAAAUAUUCUUCUGAAAAAUGAUGCAAAAAUAAAUUUUAUAUUUGGAUUGGACGAUUUGAGAAAAAAAUAAGUGAUAUUAUUUUAAAAUGAUUUUUCUAUUAUGUUUAUACAGUGCAACCUCGAUAUAACAAAUCGGAAGGAAACAAACAAAUAUUCGUUAUAUCAAGUAAUUCGUUGAACUGAGGUUCGUUAUGUUGAGGUUAGGUUGGUCUAAAAUUCGUUAUAAAGAGGUAAAAAGUUGUAUUCACCUCAACAUUACGUACUUAGCAGCAGCAGUGUUUACAUUACUUUCCAUCGAACAACAAUGAUUGUUUUAUGA